AUGUGGUCUAAAUUUUUUAAAGAAAAAAUGCUUUUAGAACUCAUUUUUUUUAAUUUCUUUUUUAAUUUUGGUAAUUUUGCUACAUUAGAUACUGGCUAUAUAAAUUACAAAGAUAUAUUCACACGAAUCUACAAUACGGAAGACAUGAGAUUAUUGAAAUGCACUUACCUGUUUGCCAGUAAGAAUCAUUUGCAAUUUACUAAAUUACUUAUCGAAAACCAGCUUUGUGAUAUUACGGUAGCAAUUGGUAUAUUCUCUAAUGGUAACCAAUUCGUAAAAAAACAAAUAGCUUCAUUAUAUUACAAUAAAGAAUUUGAAGUUGGAUCAUUGUGAUUAUUAAAUAUAUACACAUCCACGAUUGGAGCUUACGUAGAUUAUUUUAAAAAAGGUAAAAUUACAAAUGAAAACUAUUCUAAAGUUGCUGAAAUUUUGAAAUGUCACGAAUAUAUUUACGAAAAAUUAGAUAUGGAAUCACGUGAUUGUGAUAAAAGUAGCCGAUUUUACAUUGGUAACAUGCUCUUUGAUGAUAAUCAAAAGAAGAAUUAUGAUUAUAUGUUACGUAUUGUUUCGAAUAAUAAAAGAGAUAUCGAAGUACUAAUUGAUGACAACCACAGAAAUGGAAUACUACAAAUCGGAAAUAUAAGAGCUCUCAGGACAAAUUAUUUAUACUUCAACAGAUUUGGAAGUAAAUCUUAUGAAAUAUCAAAUUUUAUUCAUAGUUUCGAUUUACGAAUACAAUGGGGAGACAUUAUUAAGAAGUUUAAAGAUGUUUAUGUGAACGUCGAUAAACUUGAUUGGCCCACUACAAAAUUACGUCCUUAUUUGUUGCUCUAUUCAAUGAUUUUCAACUUAUUGAAAGUAAUGAUGUUAAGAUUGACUUGGAAACAAUUUUUAUACAUUAAACAUCAAGAUGCAAUAUUGAUUGUAGAUCUUACGGAUCAAUGGUUAUUGUCACUUCAAGAAUUCACCAGUUUUCUAGCAUUAGAAAAAGACUAUGUAAUUGAAAGUGUAAUAGAAAGUAUUUCUAUACAUAUAAAAAAUUAUCCCUUGAAUAACGAUGGAACUGUUGAUCUCAUUAAGUUACCAACUUAUCAAAAUCAGUUUACAGACAAAUUGAUAAAUAAUAUUAGCAAUAUAAUAUCAACGCUUUGUGAUUUGUUAGGUUGUACGAUAGUUGAAAAUUGGAAUACAGAAGAAGUUUUACAGAUAUCCAAUCAAGUUACUUUUUACUCAGAUCGUAUUUUGCAUAAUAAAUCUAUUGAUGAAACAACUGAAAGUGAUGAAAUCACAGACUCAAACUAUAUUAAUAAUUCUAUUAGUGUACUAGAUUGUGUCCAACAAGACUUUGGAAGAUAUCUCAGUUACUUAUUUAAGCGCGUCAAUUUUAAUAUUAUUCGAUCAUUUAUUGAAUACUUAGAAACAUUAAAUACUUAUAAUUUAUUUGAUGAAUAAUCUUACUUUGAUAUUAAGAAUAUAAAAUACAAUAUUCGAUAGCACAAAGAAUAAUUAAUUAUACAAGGCGAACUUUUGGUAUAUUAAAAUACUUGUGUAGUUAAUAUACUAAUCAAAUAAAGUAAUAUUUCAAAUAAAAAUUACGAAACAUAUUAUACCUUUUGAUUAAACAAGUAUUAUAUAUAUUAUAUUAUAUCAUAUUAUUGAUUUUUAAUAAUCUACAUGUAUUAAUAUAUAGGGUGUUUUUAACUGAACUAAAAAAUUUUUAUUUUAAUUAUUGAGUUACAACAAUUUUUUUAUAUACAAUAUAUAUGUUCAGUAAGUAAGCAAACAGAUUCCUAUUGUUCAUUACUAUUUACCUGUUUCCUUACUUACUGAACACUCUCAACGGUUAAGUACCGCGGGUAGAGCAUACGUAAUAAAUAUACACCAAUACGAACUGAUCCACCCGCGUUAUAUUCCCGUUCAGCAUAUUAAAAACUUGUAGCUCAAUAAGUACUUAUCUUAUAUUUGCUAUCGACGCUUUAAUCAUUUUUGUAGGAAAUGUGUAAAAACUGGCGAUAUUUUUAAUUAAAAUACAUUUUUUUUUAUAAUUAAAAACAAGUACGAUUUUAACGUAGACUAAAUUACUUUUAAAAAAUUUCAACGAAAUAUUAAUUGUAUCUAGAAUUAUAAGAGUUGUCAGUUGGAAUUGAUUCACUUUCUAUAAAUAUAUAUGUGUGUGUGUGUGUUUUGUUUAUUAAAUAAUAAUUAAAUGAA